GGGGGGGGGGGAUAAAUGGCACAGCCGUCAACCAUGUUGGUCCAAAGAGGGGUCAUUAUACCGCAGGUAUUUAACACGUUGCGAUGACUAGAGCAGGAACUCCAUUCGCAUCCCUCAACCUACUUCACGCCCGAUAUGGAUCCAAUGCCUACCCUCGUUCGCAGCUAUGUUACGUGUCAAGACCUCGUUCGCUCUGCCUCCUUAAUCGACAUAGCCACUGGGCUGGUCGCCGUAUGGGCACUACGUGUAGCAAUCCGGACCAUUCGGAAGAAAUCGAGAACGACAAAACUAAGGGGACCAAAGAGCACUAGUCUGUUGUUUGGAGUGGGUAAAGAGUUGUUCGAGUCGCCUGAUUCGGGAGCCCUGUUCGAGGCAUGGUCCAAAGAGUACGGUGUGGUAUAUGAAAUUCCUAUGAUAUGCGGGCAAAAGAGGGUCAUACUCUGCGACCCGAGAGCAGCAGCAUACCUCUUUGCUAGAGAUACAUGGUCGUACGUGGGCAUUCCAGGGUUCAAAGCGGUAAUCGCACGGAGGGUAGGAAAGGGACUGAAUUGGGCUGAAGGCGAGUCACACAGAAGGUAUAGUCCUCCCUGGUUUAGCGUUUCACCAUAUCCCAAUGCUGGAUUAUUACUUUCAACUUUCAGGCAGAGAAGAUCCAUAGCGCCUUCCUUCAAUUCUACUGCCAUUCGAAAGCUAAGCCCCACCAUACAUCAAGCCGUGGAUAGACUUAAGGCAGCUUGGCAAGCAAGCAUUGAUGUGAAUGGAGGCGAGAGUGUUGUCCUUGAUGUUACGAAAUGGAUGAACUAUGUCUCCCUCGAUUCUUUUGGUUCUGCAGGUUUCUCCUACGACUUCGGUUCCCUUGAUGGAAAACCAAAUAGCACGAUUUCGGUCCUCGACGCAUUUGGUGCGCACUCACCUCGCACCUUUUUGGAUAAUGUCGUGUCCUUGCUUUCCUUCAUUUUUCCCAUGGCGAUGAAUGUGCCAACCUGGCGGAAUAAGAUGCUUGACAAGCUCCGGGAGCGAAUGUCAGAGACUUGUGACAUGCUGGUAGAUAACGCCACAAAGGAGAAGGGAAGCACGUCAAAUGAACAAGUUUCUACAAUCGGUUUACUACUGAAGGCAGAAGAUGAAGAUUCUGGAAAACGUAUCGUUCGAGAGGAAGUCUUGGCGCAACUGAGCACGUUAAUUUUUGCGUCCUACGAAACCACGGCAACCACCAUGACAUGGGCGUUGGUGGAACUCGCACGGCACCCGGAUAUUCAAACUAAACUUCGCGAGGAGCUUUCGUCAUUCGGCAGAGAACCCUUAUACGAUGAGCUUACCACUGGUCUCCCCUACCUCGACGCCAUAGUGCAGGAGACCCUCCGCCUUCACCCAGCCGUCCCAGAAUUGAUACGCCAAGCAGAUGAAGAUGAUAUCAUCCCUCUAUCAGAGCCUGUGCGAGCCAAAUCCGGUGAAGUGAUUGACAGCAUAGCCGUCGAACGCGGGACGGUGUUUGUUAUAUCCACUUCCUAUAUGAACCGCUCCGAGGCGAUCUGGGGUCCGGACGCUAAAGUGUUCAGGCCUGAUCGAUGGAUAGAAGCGGACGGUGUAACGAAGAAAGCUCAAGAGGUGAAGGGACACCGGCAUUUGUUCUCGUUCGGUGAUGGUCCAAGGUCCUGUAUUGGCAAACUGUUUGCCGUUGCUGAAGUCAAGACGGUACUUUCCGUGGUGGUCAGGAACUUUGUGCUCGAGAUGAGGGACGGGCCGGACACGAAAGUCGAGAUAACCAGGAGGCUUACACUAAGGCCCAAGGUUGCAGGAGAAGCUGGCAUCAAGGUACCAUUGAGGGUUAGGCAAUACAGAGGCUGAAGAUGUGGCUUCACUCAACCCUAGCAUAGGCCCUUGGUUCUGUCUUGCUACGAAAGGCAGUUUACAGAGGUGCUCUGUGCAUCCCUCUCAGUCUCG